GGAAGCCAAAUUUAAAUUUGCACAGGGUAGGAUGGUGUGCCGUCGUAGAGAGCUCCUGCUCCAAUAUAAAGCCCAGUCAUCCUCGUUCUCGUCCUCCCAACACAAACACGGAAACACAAGGCCAUAAGAUCUCCUCCCAUAGCUAAACGAUCGAGCCAGCAACAACUGCUGAUUAAACCACACUCAAGCCAUGGUGCGCGCCGACGAGAGCAUCCACGUCCUCCUCGUCCCGUACCCGGCGCAGGGCCACCUGAACCCGAUCCUCCAGUUCGGCAAGCGCCUCGCGGGCCACGGCGGCGCCGUCCGGUGCACCGUGGCCGUGACCCGGUUCGUCCUGGGCUCCACGAAGCCGGCCCCGAUCGGCUCCGUGCACGUGGGCGUCAUCUCCGACGGGUGCGACGCCCUGGGCCCGGCCGAGCUGGGCGGGCACCAGGGCCCAUACUUCGAGCGGCUGGAGGCGGCCGGGUCCGAGACGCUGGACGGGCUCCUCCGGUCCGAGGCGGCCCAGGGCCGGCCCGUGCGCGUGGUGGUGUACGACCCGUUCAUGCCGUGGGUGCAGGACCUGGCGCGCCGCCACGGCGCCGCCUGCGCCGCGUUCCUCACCCAGACGUGCGCCGUGGACAUCGUGUACACGCACGCGCGGGCCGGCCGGUUGCCGGUCCCCGUGCGUCGUGAUGAUGGGGCCGCCGGCCUGCUAGAGCUCCCUGGGCUUUCGGCCCGGCUAAGCGCCGCCGACGUGCCGACGUUCCUGACGGACACCGACGCGCACCACCCGUCCAUGCGGGACCUGCUGAUGAACCAGUUCGUCGGGCUGCGCACCGUCGACCACGUCCUCGUCAACUCCUUCUUCGACUUGGAGCCUCAGGAAGCAGAGCACCUAGCGUCGACGUUGGGCGCGAAGACGAUCGGGCCAACGGUGCCGUCGGCCUACCUGGACAAGCGCCUGCCAGCCGACGUGUCCUACGGCUUCCACCUGCACACCCCAAUGACCUCCGAGUGCAAAGCCUGGCUGGACGCGCACCGGGCGCGCUCCGUCGUGUACGCCUCCUUCGGCAGCAUCGUGGCGCCCGGCGCAGAGCAGAUGGGCGAGGUCGCCGAGGGCCUGCAGAGCACGGGCGCGCCGUUCCUCUGGGUCGUCCGCGCCACGGAGGCCUCCAAGCUCCCCGAGGGCUUCGCGUCCGAGGCGAAAGCCCACGGCCACCUGAUCGUGCCGUGGUGCCCGCAGCUGGAGGUGCUGGCCCACGAGGCCGUGGGCUGCUUCGUGACCCACUGCGGCUGGAACUCCACCGUGGAGGCACUCAGCGCCGGCGUGCCCAUGGUGGCCGUGCCCCAGUGGUCCGACCAGCCCACCAACGCGAAAUACAUCCAGGACGUGUGGCGCGUCGGGGUGCGCGUGCGGCAGGACGGGGAAGGCGUUGUGAGGAAGGAGGAGGUGGAGAGGUGCGUGAAGGAGGUGAUGGAUGGGGAAGGGUAUAGGAAGAGGGCUGCCGCGUGGAGGGCCAAGGCGAACAAGGCCAUGAGCCAAGGCGGUAGCUCCGACCGUAACAUCGCCGAGUUCCUCUCCAAGUAUCGCGCCGGGAAAUGAUCCGCCGUUCGUGAUGUCGAGAUCACUGGGGUUUAUGGGGUCUGAUGUGAUCCUGACGUUUGUACGAUGUGACCUGACGUGCAACGGCGGAAUCUUUUUUUUUCUUUUUUUUUGCUAUUUUUGUGUGUGUGAUGGCAACAGCCGAUUGUUGGCAGGCCAUGUUUCGAAGCCCCACCGACUACUGCUCACGUUAAUUCAUUUGGCAAUUUUUUUUC